GCUGUUCAGCGCUUGAGGGAAACUCUACUGAGCUUUCACCAGAGAGAAGCCGAGAAAGAGUGAGACAUCUGUACCUGAAAAGCAAAGCUAAUUAAAGGAGACGUCCCAGGACAGCGUUGAAGGAGAGGGGAUAGAAACAGACCAGACCUUUGGCCCCUUCUCUCUGCAAACCUUCACCUCUCAACCCCUCUGAGGAUCUCAGACGUUAGAGUCCGUCUGGACCCACCGAUGGAAGCCCCGACCCUGGCUGAGAUGGGAGACCUGUGUCACCCCCGCUCUUGCUCUCCAGAGGGUGAGACAGUCUGUGAGGCUUUAGCCCGCUACGAGAGCACCCUCCGUGACGCCAUCAGGGAGAUCCAGGUGGACGUCAGCGCCUUCAAGCUGGGCAUGGAGCGCCGGCUGGAGGAGGCGGUCAACCUGAGUGGGCCUCUGGGUCGAGCCGUGGUGCAGCUGCAGCAGGAGAACCGGCAGCUCCGGGGUCAGCUGGAGGCCCUCGCCCUGCAGGUGGAGCUCCUGAGCGGGAUGGCGUGUGACAGGAGCGCCCUGCUGAACAACAACAACAAUCACAACCACGGUCAGAAUCACAAGAACCACCUCGGUGACAUUCAGGAGAACCAUCAGGAGAUAAGGGAGGUGGUCUACGGGAAGGGUCAGGCCCACACUCAGACCUACGGUGGCCUCGGAGGUCAGUCCGGUCCGGCGUCUCCGCCCGUCUCCUUCUCGUCCUCCCCGAGCUCCAGCAGUCCUCCCGUUGGCUCCAGAGUUUCCUCCAUGGUGACGGGCCCGGUGUCAAGCGGCAGCCCGUCCACGGCUCGCUUCUCCAGCCGAGCCACAUUCUCUGUGUCCAGCAAGACCAACAGUAUUGAGCGAGAGGAGCCAAUAGAGGUGGACCCCACCCCGACACAUACUGGACUGGAGAACGGACACGCUGCUACUACAGAACAUUCAGAGUUGGUACACGGAAAGAUUUCUCCACCCAUUGACUUCCCACACGAGCACACUGCCCCCGUCGCCAUGAGGAUGCCCCACCUCCCCAUCACCGCCACAACCAAGACGGCAGAAAUGAAAGGCCCCGACUCUCCCAGCAGCCCCGUUAGUUCUCGUUCCUCUCCGGUCUCUGAGGCCUCACCUGCCGGCCAAUCAGCUGCUAGCACCAACCAGACCCAACCAAUAGACGAGUUUCCGAUUCAACCAGUAUCGUCAACAUGGACUCCUACACCUAUCAGAGCUCUGGGAUCCCCCGCCUUCAAGAAAGCUUACUCAGCCCCGGCUAAGACUGUGACCUACUCAGGGUUAUUGCAGCAUGACCGAGACGGUGACGUUAGCAGCGACAGAUCCUUCGGCCAUGUGGUCGAGAAGAGGCGGGAGCUGGUGAGGUCGCAGACUCUGCCGCGUAACAUCGGCGCUCAGGCUCGUCGAUCUAUCUUUGAGAGACUGGACUCUGAAGCCAGUAACAGUCGCCCCAAACCGGUGGACUCCAAACCCACACUGAAGCGGUCUCAGAGUUUUGGGGUGUCCAGCGCCAGCAGCAUCAAGCAGAUCCUUCUGGAGUGGUGCCGCUCCAAGACCAUCGGCUACCAGAACAUCGAGCUCCAGAACUUCUCGUCCAGCUGGAGCGAUGGGAUGGCGUUCUGCGCUCUGGUGCACUCCUUCUUCCCCACCGAGUUCGACUACAACUCGCUGUCGCCCGCCGACCGCAAACACAACUUUGAGCUGGCGUUCGGCACUGCAGAAGUGAAGGCCGGCUGCGACCGUCUGAUCGAGGUGGAGGACAUGAUGAUCAUGGGCCGCAAACCGGACCCCAUGUGUGUCUUCACCUACGUCCAGUCGCUCUACAACCACCUGCGCAAGUUUGAGUGAAGACCUCGACAGCUUUUCAACCUUCUUCAUUUCUUUACAAACCAGACUUUGAGCUGAUUGGAGCUCCAGAAGAGGCAUCGGGGACAAUUUAUAAAAACUACACUGACCCCUGGUGGUGGAUUAGAGAACAUGCCGUCCACACACUGCAGGAGAAGAGCUCUCAGCUCAGUGCACACAUGCACAGUGGACGUUGGAUGUUGACUGGUGGUGAUAAUGCUGUUUGUCUUGUGAUGUAAGCUGUAAUGAAGAAGAUGAAUUUACACACAAACAUCAGGGGUUUGGUUUGUCAACACUAGUUUUUUUUUUUUUCUGUGUGUAGUUGAGAUAAGAGUGCAACUAUUGCUGUGUUGUGUACGUCUUUAUUAUCACCACACCUGUUUGAAAGUGAGUAUUAACCUUUAAUGUUGCAGGAAGAGAGGAAGUGUGUUUCACAAAUGUAUAACUGAACUGUUUGUGUUGAAGCAGAGAACACGGUGGGAUUGUCUGACUAAAUAAAAUGAUAUAUAUGUUGCUGACUGAUAUUUACAUCCACGUAUGCUGUGAUAUUGAGAUGAUGAGUU